UAAAUGUAUUUGAGUUUACAAGAGAGGAACUGAAUAAGUAUGCAACAGGGUUGUUUUUCCUGCACCCCAAAGAUGGCGUUAUUGCGCUUUACAUGCUGAAUGCCAUCCGGCUUUAAAGCCCAAGAAUAAGAGGCGGUAGCGGCAGUGUGACAUAACGAACAUAUCCCACUACACUGUGGAGGUAAACAUGGCGACCGUCGGACGUCUAGCAAGGAUUGCCAGACUAGGCACCAGCAUCUGCAAGAACCAUCGUUUAUAUUUUAACAGAAGCACACAGAGACGAGGAAUAGCUUCUUGUGUUGACCCUGCUCAUGGACUCACAGAUGAACAGAAGGAAUUUCAAAAAGUGGCCUUUGAUUUUGCUGCCAAUGAGAUGACUCCACACAUGGCAGAGUGGGACCAAAAGGAAAUCUUUCCAGUAGAGACGAUGCGAAAAGCAGCCCAGUUGGGGUUUGGUGGGAUCUACGUUCAGCCGGAAGUUGGAGGAUCUGGUCUUUCUCGGCUGGACACGUCGGUCAUCUUUGAGGCUUUGUCUACAGGAUGUGUCAGCACUACAGCUUACAUCAGUAUCCACAACAUGUGUGCCUGGAUGAUCGACACUUUUGGCAAUAAUGAGCAGAGGGAGAGGUUCUGUCCUGAUCUCUGUAUGAUGGAAAAGUUUGCUUCGUAUUGUCUAACUGAACCAGGCAGCGGCAGUGAUGCUGCUUCACUUCUGACCACUGCUAAACUGAAAGGGGACCAUUACAUCCUAAAUGGUUCGAAGGCCUUCAUCAGUGGUGGAGGAGACACAGACGUCUAUGUUGUGAUGUGCAGAACAGGAGGUAAAGGACCUAAAGGCAUCUCUUGUCUGGUGGUAGAGAAAGGAACGCCAGGCCUCAGUUUUGGCAAAAAAGAAAAAAAGGUGGGUUGGAACUCCCAGCCGACCCGGGCGGUGAUAUUUGAGGAUUGUGCCGUUCCAGUCAUCAAUCGGCUCGGUGAGGAAGGACAAGGAUUCAGCAUGGCCAUGAAAGGCCUGAAUGGGGGCAGAAUUAAUAUUGCCUCCUGUUCUCUUGGGGCUGCACAUGCCUCUGUUCAGCUUGCGAGGGAUCAUCUGUUAGUGCGCAAGCAGUUUGGGGAGACACUCUCCAACAACCAGUAUCUUCAGUUCAAACUGGCAGAAAUGGCCACCAAGCUGGUUGCGUCCCGCCUUCUGGUGCGUGAAGCUGCCACAGCUCUGCAGGAGAAUCGACCUGAUGCUGUUUCUCUCUGCUCUAUGGCCAAACUCUUCGCCACAGAUGAGUGCUUCAAUAUCUGCAACGAUGCUCUCCAAAUGCACGGUGGUUACGGUUACCUGAAAGACUAUGCAGUGCAGCAAUUUGUCCGAGACAUCAGAGUGCAUCAGAUCCUCGAGGGCACAAACGAAGUGAUGAGGAUGAUAAUUUCCCGUAAUCUGCUGACAGAAUCAUGAUAAAUGUUUUCCCCUGGAUGUUUGCGUGAUUUUGAAUAGCGACCAUAUUAUUAUGGUGUUUCUUCCUCUUACUGUGUCACUGGUUUCUUAAAGUGUUAAAAGUCAUUUAAGGACAUGUGGUAAACCAGUCAGUAAAGCAUAGGUUUUCCUAGAGUGAUAUUGGUUAUUAUCUUCUAUUUUUUAACUACUCUGUUGCAGCAAGGCCCAAGGGAUGACAAUUUAACAAUGUACGCAGAUUUCAUACAACAGCUGUGGUUCAAAGAGGACAAAUCCAAAAUUUCAUACAACAGCUGUGGUUCAAAAAGGACGAAUCCAAAUGACAUUGGCAAUCCCCAGUUUACUUAACAUGUAGUGCCACCUGCAGGUCAACGUUUCCUCAUGUCCAACACUUCCUCUAUAAGCACUAAUUAAAUUCCAGGCUACAAUUACAAAAAUAAAUGCUUAUACAGCAUCUUAAAAAUGCUAAAUAAUUGCAUAUUUCACAUACAAACAUAACAUUCAACUCAAAAGACAGCUGAAGUUAAGUACAAUAAAAAGGCAGCAUAUUUUAUCUAAGUACAGACUGCAACUGAUGAACAGUAACAAUGUUUGGCAGAAAGAACACCAAGGAUGUGCAGCCAUGCUAGCUCUGCAGAGGAAUGCUAAUGUUUUGCAGGUUUGAGGUUUACCCAGUUCACCAUCUUAGCUUAGCCUGUUAGCAUGCUAACAUGUGUUACUUGUGUGAAAUCUCAUCCAAACUUGUAUUUGGUCAUAAAGCAUAGUAAAAACUUGACCUGAUGGUGGUGCUUGGUGAAGCAGUAAGGAUUCACUGUUAUGUCGGGAAGGGAGCAUGAAAUACUGUACCCAGAGUUCCACCUGAUAAGCAGUGCUAGAGAAAGCAUGGGACCACCAAAUUCAGUAGUAUUGAUCUUUUUCGGGUCAGACAUGUACAAAAUAUCCUGUCAAUCCCUUUACCUUGCUGAUAAUGUGCUGGUGUCUACACCACCUUUUCAGAGACCACCUCCGGUAGUUUUAAUAUCCUAAGAAUAGUUUAGAAAAAGGUCUUGAUUUGAUUUGUAAUCGAAACAUUUUCUGCAAAGCUGCUAGUGUGAAUAAAAAGUUGUAAUCUUGUUUUUCUAUUUAAAAAAAAUAGCUACUCCUUACUACAGAUUCACUGAAACUGUAACAAGAGGUUGGGAUUUUUUUCCUUUCUUUUAAAGGAUUUAAUACAAACUGGGGUGUUUAAAGGGUGUGUUUCUCCACUGUAUAUCACAGAUGUAUAUUACAUGCAGUCUCAGCAUCUCUGUGCCUUAAGUGGCCUUUUAGAUCUCAAUUAUAGUGAAGGUUACUGAAUUGUUACCCAUCCAUGACAUUUGAAAUGCCCCAGAUAAAAAUGUGGGUUGGGUAUUAUGUGUUAUGUAUUAAUGUCACAUUGCAAAUGAUUACACUUCAAAUAAAAUAAUAUCAGUUUGCAAAA